UUUUCAUCGAUCAUCUAGCUAAUUCAGUUUCUCCGCUGAGAAUACACCUCACACCUCUCUGUUUAAACAGCCUAUUAUGAAGUUGUUCGUUCUGUACAGUAUACAUGGACACAGUGGCACCGUGUCUGCUGAAAUUUGACAUAUUUGAUGGGACGUUGAGAUCAUGUGACGUUGCCAUGGAUAUAGGGAGUCAGUUACGGGGUAGUAGUUGCACACCUCAUACUGGGGGAAUGCGCCAGACUACUGUCUGCAGACACAGAAGAACGUUUACACCAUCCUGACCGACACGGAACAGUUCAAGGACUUUCAAAAUGCCAAAGAAAAGUGAUACAGCAAAAUUAGCAGAAGUGGGUAUAGAGAUUGAUGGAAUGGAGAGUGCUGAGGACGACAAGAAAGGCAAAAACAAAGGCAAAAACAAUAAAGCAGCUGUAGGCAGAAAAAGCAAAGCGGCCGCCAGCGAGGACGGUGGGGACGAGGACGAAGACGCUGAACCCCCUAAAGGUCGAAAGGCAGCCAACAGAAAGAAAGCAGCUCCAAGGGAGGCCUCGGAGGAUGAUAGUGAUUAUGACAUUCCUCCGAAGAGGUGUGCAGGGAAUCGGAAAAGAGGAAAGCCAGCGGGAGCCAAAAACAAGAGAGGCAAAAGUGCUAAGAAGAAGAGCAGUAGGUAUGGUGUUUCAGAAACAACCGAAACUGUUUCUGUUUAAUGAUGUUAUUACAAAACUGUUCUUUCCUUUUUUUUUUUUUAAAUAAUACUUUUUUUUAUAGGUGGAG